AUGCCCUCAACAGUCGCCAUGGCCGACGACGAACUCUUCACAAGGGCGAUCUCUGGGUACCGGGACGCUUUUUUGGAUCAAUACUCCCACCUUCCGGAAGAGCAGCGCAAUCAACUCUGGAGUCAGAAGCUUAGUCAGUUCAUGCCCCCGGCAGCUGUUUCACCAGCCGCACCCGCCUAUCGACCAGUAUCGGGUUCCAGCAUCCUUGGCCAAAACACCACCUCUUCUGAAGAUUCUGGGAAACGGACACGACAAGACACUCCGCGGACGCUACCUGGUUCUGGACCUCCACCGACAAAGAGACGAGUCACCAACUCGGAUCCUCCAGAACGCAUUGAAAUGAAGCGCGGCCUCUCACAUGCGUCCUCCUCCCCUGUACCGGAAUCGACCUGGCAACUCUCGAGAACAAUGUCACAGGCGGCCAACGCUUCCUCCUCCGGCUCUGGAUCAGCUCCCCGACCGACACUUAUGGUUCGUUCGCAGAGUCAACAAGUCCCACUGUCAUAUCAGCACUCUAUGACAUCCAUGACCCAGUACCGUAACUCUUUCGGACACCAACGACGCGCCCUCGAAGACGUCAGCGAGUAUACUCCGUCCGAGUACACCAAACACUGCUUGGGCGAUUUUCAGGGCCAGACUCACGCAUCCCCCAACUCUAUGGCGUUUUCGACAACCCCUGUGCAAGUUGGAUCACAACACCGGAACUCCCUACCUUCGCAGUUCCUCCCCUCUGGCCCUACCGAGUUAUCAGGCGGAGAACACUUGGCCACGACGUCCGCUGAACCCACGCUAUCCGCUGUUGACAUGACCCGCAGCAAAACAACCGACUCAAUAUGUGGCGGCGUGGAAAUGAUGCGCGUCGAUUCCUUAGGCCCAAGUAUUGACCCAGAGUAUUCCUUUGCCAUGCCUCCUUCAACAUUUCCUCCAAACCCAGCUUUGAAUAUCCCCUUAUCCAAUACCACUACACCCACUUCGCAAGAACUUGUUCAGCAAGACCCGUAUAGCCUUGCUGCACCAAUAUCCCUGCCAUACUCUUACUCAGUCCCAUCCACGACAUCUAUGCCUCUUGUCAGUCACUCUACUGCCAUUGAUAUGAACCCUUCUGUGGCUAGCGGAAGUGAUGCUAUGUCAAGUCCGCAACCGUCUAGAGCCGCGCGAAGAACGCAAGAGCAGAUUGUGCACAGCGCUAGGCCGAUCGCUCCCAAGACAGAGUCUCAAAGCAGCUCCCCACCCAAGGUGGCCGAGCAUAAGAUGAUCCGCAUCUCAUCCUUGGACGGCACUUCAAAAGAAGUUGCGGCUAUUCCCAAGGCCUCCAUUCAAAGACCUCCUCGUCAAAAGACGUAUUGCACGAUGUGCAAUGAUCAGCCCGACGGGUUCCACGGCGAACAUGAACUGCGUCGGCAUAUCGAGCGUGUUCAUGCCGUAGUCCGAAAAGUGUGGGUGUGCGUGGACAUCUCGCCGGACAAGAAGUUCCUGGCCAACUGCAAAGCCUGCCGAAAUGGCAAGCGGUACGGCGCCAACUAUAACGCUGCUGCUCACCUUCGUCGCACCCACUUCAACCCCUGCCAGCGCGGUCGAGGUGGUCGUGGCAAAGACAGUGAAAAGCGAGGCGGAAAAGGCGGUGGCACCAACCCGCCUAUGGAUGUUUUGAAGCUCUGGAUGGUCCAGAAAGAGGAGUUCGUCUACGAGAACGCUCCUAACUUUACCCUUGACCAAGAGCCCUUAGGUGACGAUUUGAUGCCCGUCCCGCUCAACUCGGUAGACGAGUCGUCAUUCACCGAUUCAGCCGAGGAUCUGUCCUCGCAAGGGCUGAACUCCACCGGCGUGACGGGCUAUGAUGCCUUCGCCUCAUACCCAGCGAUGGGCAUGGACCCGUCGUCAUUUGAGAACGCUUGCUAUCUUGAAUCUCAGCCUCUGCCUCUAGUGCCUGAGGUCGGUUCGUACGUUUGA